AGAUGAGAAAGGGAACCUAGAAGGGGAAGAGGCUGUUGAGGGAAAUAAAUUAGCUUCAAAACCACCGAAAGCAGCCACGUUCGGAAGGUUUUGGAUUGGCAAAAGGGCAGAGCAGAGACUAGGAUCAAUUAAAACCGAGUCAAUCCCGUUACAGCGUUGUAAUAAUACCAAGGUCAGUACACUGAACGAGCGCACAAACCCACGUAAUUUAACGUCUUAGACUGGGUACUGAAUUCGGAGACGGGGAAAUCACCACCAGCCGCAGCUGAAGAUGGAGGGGGUGAUGCAAGGGAUGCAAGCAUACGGUGCGGGGAAGGCUGGAGGAGCCUUCGACCCAUUGACGUUCUUUCAACAGCCUCAAACGAUCCUUCGGCUUGUGUGCUGGCUCUUCUCCAUCGUGAUCUUUGGCUGUAUAGCCAACGAGGGCUAUGUGAACCGACCUGAUGAGAUUGAGGAGUUCUGCAUCUUCAACAGGAACCAGAAUGCCUGUAACUACGCAGUGGGGAUGGGAACCCUGGCUUUCCUAAGCUGUGCUGCCUUCCUGGUCCUGGACGUCUACUUCCCCCAGAUCAGCAGCGUCAAGGACCGCAAGAAGGCUGUGCUUGCUGACAUUGGAGUGUCUGCAUUCUGGUCGUUUGUCUGGUUUGUGGGGUUCUGUUUCCUGGCCAACCAGUGGCAGGUUGCCAAGGAGGAGGACAACCCUCUAAGGGAGGGUGCGGACGCAGCCCGAGCCGCCAUUACCUUCGCCUUUUUCUCCAUCUUCACCUGGGCGGUGCAGGCCUUCCUGGGCUUUCAGAAGUACAAGCUGGGGGCUGACUCGGCCCUCUUCUCCCAGGAGUACGUUGACCCCACCGCCGACCCCAACGCUGCGUCCCCCAUGGGCACUGACUACACAAGCUAUGCCGCCGACAUUGACACCGCGGCCAGCACAGAGCCAGCCUUUGAUGGCUCCGCUGGCUACCAGGGCCAGGAGUACUGAGCCAGAGGGCCAAUGGAGGAAGAGAAGGACCAGGAAUGGGCUUACUCAGCAUCAGGGGUGGUUUAAGGGGACAUUUUUGUGGUUUAUGGGGACAUGGGGUGUCUUAAAGGUAGCCAAGUCCCAGAUCUGUUUGUGUUAGCUGUGAUGAUGAAAUACAGGGCCUUCAGAAAGUAUUCAAACCCUUUGACUUUUUCCACAUUUUGUUGUUACAGCCUGAAUUUCAAAUGGAUUACAUUUAGAUGUGUCACUGGCCUACACACAAUAGCCCAGAAUGUCAAAGUGGAAUUAUGUUUUUAGAAAUGUUUACAUAUUUAUGAAAAAUGCAAAGCUGAAAUGAGUAUUCAACCCUAUUUUUUUUUUAUGGCAAGCCUAAAUAAGUUAAGGAGUAAAAAUGUGCUUAGUUUGAGCAUGGUGAAGUUAAUUGGGUGUAUUGAUACAACCUGCAAAGCCUAGUCACUACAAAGAUACAGGCAUUCUAACUAACUCAAGGAAACCGCUCAGAGAUUUCACCACGAGGCCAAAGGUGACUAAAACGUUUACAGAGUGUAAUGGCUGUGAUAGGGGAAAACUGAGAAUGGACAACAACAUUAUAGGCACUUCACAAUACUAACCUAAAUGAUAGAGUGAAUAAAAUAAUUCCUGUUUGCAAAGGCAUUUAAAGUAAAACUGCAAAAAAUGUGGCAAAGAAAUUAACUUCAUGUCCUGUAUACAAAGUGUUAUGUUUGGGGCAAAUCCAACACAAAACCUCACUGACCACCACAUUUUUCAUAUUUUCAAGCAUGGUGGUGUCUGCAUCAUGUUAUGGGUAUGCUUGUCUUCGGCAAGACUAGGGACUUUUUUAGGAUAAAAAGAAAUGGAAUAGAGCUAAACACAUGCAAACUAUUAGAGAAGAACCUGGUUCAGACACUGUGAGACAAAUUCACCUUUCAGCAGGACAAUAACAUAAAUCACAAGGGCAAAUAUACACUGGAGUUGCUUACCAAGACGCCAUUGAAUGUUCCUGAAUGGCCUAGUUACAAUUUUUACUUAAAUCAUCUUGAAAAUCUAUGGCAAGACUUGAAAAGGCUCUCUAGCAAUGAUCAACAACCAACUGGACAGAGCUUGAAGAAUUUAAAAAAAGAAUAAUGUGCAAAUAUUGGCCAAUUCAGGCAUGCAAAGCUCUUAAAGACUUCCCCAGAAAGACUCAUAGCUGUAAUUGCUGCCAACGGAGAUUCUAACAUGUAUUGACUCAGGGGUGUGAAUACUUAUGUAAAUUAAAUAUAUUUCUGUAUUUUAUUUUCAAUACAUUUGCAAAAAAACAAACAUGUUUUCACUUUGUCCUUAUUAGGUAUUGUGUGUAGAUAAAAUACAUUUAAUCCAUUUUGAAUUCAGGCCGUAACACAACAAUAUGUGGAAUAAUUUGAGGGCUAUGAAUACUUUCUGAAGGCACUGUAGGAGUUGGCAAGACAGCACUAACAGAUCUGAGACUUGAAUACCUGACAGGGUCUUUGGGUGGCUAACAGGGUGGGACUGGACCAAGGGUUGGCAAUCACUGUGUGUGUGAGUCAGAGUGCUACAACAUUGCUGGGAAGGUGGAGGCAGGGUAUGGGGGAGAGCGAGAGUCUUCUCAGAGACCAUGGUCGCUGUGUGUGUCGGUGUCCGGAAGCGGUUUGCCUUUAGUUGGUUGGCCACCUCCAUGGGAUCAGACAGAGUUCUAUCCAGAAGAGGGUUAUUUUCUGCAGCCUUAAUUCACUCAUGUGUCCCAGUUGUCCACCCUUAUCCCAAAGUGUGCACUUGCAUACUCCCCAUCAUGGAUAAAAUGGGAUUGGUGUAAGCAUUGGCUGGAAGGAGUUUCCACCAACCCUUGAUGGAGAGUGUGCAAGUGCACACUUCGGGAGAAAGGUGGGGAGUCGGGAUGCAAGUCUUGGAACUCAUACACACCUAUACUAGCACAUAUAUCAACACAAAUUAAAGAAGGAACGUUAGGAAUGCACUUAGUGUGCAAACCUACUUUCUGGCAAACAUAAAGGGACGAGAUAGUCACCUGAUGAUAUAGGUGAUGGGACCUGAACAACGCAAGUCCUACGAAACACCACUGUGUUUUGUGGGCCUCAACACUAUAGCCUGGUCAUUGCACAAUGACCUAGGACCUGCUUGCCAUCCCUUUUCAGCCAGUUUAGCGUUCUUUUGUUUGGCAAAUGUAAAAUGGCACUGUUUGGUGUCUACUCUUGGCCAUAUCUAUGCCAAAUUAACACCCAAGCCAAACCCACUGUUAACGGUGCUAAAUCUGAAAGGUUAUCCCAUCAUACAGGACAAAGGACAGGGUAUGACAUACAGGAACCAAACAACUAUAGACGCGCCACAUUAAGACAAAUUGAGCUGUUGCAGAUGUGCUGCGUCAUCACCAGCGCAAACUCAGAUAUUGUCCUCAACUGUUCACAGCAGAAAAUUCUCGAACUAGAUAAUUCAGUAUACAUUUAAUCAAAUUCUUAAGCAUUCCAUCAGCAGGCACCAAAUUGUAUAAUGAUGACGUGUAAGCACUAAUUAAGAAGACCAAUGUACAUAACCAACUUAAAAGCCAAGUCCUUUUCCGCCAAUAACCAACCCCCAUGCACCAACGUUGACUGCCAACCAAAAUGUGACCAACACUGGCUUGACACUAGUAACUGACAUUUUGUAUGUCCUUAAAAUCAAAGCGAGAGUGUCAACUGCAUACUACUGUCCUCUCUCCUCACGUACAUAUCAAAAGAAUUGGAGGAGAAAGUCAAAGGGGUGGGAUCUCUGUUUUUUUCAUCCAACGGUUUAAAGAGAAGGGGGUGAGAAGAGAGGACGCGAGGAGUAUGCCAUUGAGAUUCUCCCAAAGUGGGCUCAGAAGCCUCUCAUUUGACUUAACACUAGAAUACCAGCAGUUGAUUUCAGACUGACCGGUGCUUGUUAUCUCUUCUUUCAUGCCAACAGCUGAAGUUUGUAAUGUUCCAUGUAUGUGUAACUGAGUGGGGUUUUUUCCAAGGCAAAACGUGCUCAAGAAUUGUAUAUAUAUUAUACUAUUUUUUGUAUAUACAGUACCAGUCUAAUGUUUGGACACAGCUACUCAUUCAAGAGUUUUUCUUUAAUUUGACUAUUUUUUACAUUGUAGAAUAAUAGCGAAGACAUCAAAACUAUGAAAUAACACAUGGAAUCAUGUAGUAACCCAAAAAGUUUUAACAAAUCAAAAUAUAUUUUACAUUGAGAUUCUUCAAAGUAGCCACCCUUUGCCUUCAUGACAGCUUUGCACACUCAUGGUAUUCGCUCAACCAGCUUCAUGAGGUAGUCACCUGGAAUGCUUUUCCAUCAGUCUUGAAGGAGUUCCCACAUAUGCUGAGCACUUGUGGCUGAUUUUCCUUCACUCUGCGGUCCAACUCGUCCCAGACCAUCUGACUUGGGUUGAGGUCGGGUGACUGUGGAGGCCAGGUCAUCUGAUGCAGCACUCCAUCACUCUCCUUCUUGGUCAAAUAGCCCUUACACAGGCUGGAGGUUUGUUGGGUCAUUUUUCUCUUGAAAAACAAAUGAUCGUCCCACUAAGCGGGAUGGGGUAUUGCUUCAGAAAGCUGUGGUAGCCAUGCUGGUUAAGUGUGCCUUGAAUUCUAAAUAAAUCAUCGACAGUGUCACCAGCAAAGCAACCCCUCACCAGCACACCUCCUCCUCAAUGCUUCACGGUGGGAACCACACAUGCAGAGAUCAUCCGUUCACCUACUAUGUGUCUCACAAAUAUACGCCGGUUGGAACCAGAAAUCUCAGAUUUGAACUUAUCAGAACUUAUGGUCAGUCGAUUUCCACCGGUCUAAUGUCCAUUGCUUGUGUUUCUUGGCCCAAGCAAGUUUGCAGCAAAUCGACCAUGAAUGCCUGUUUCAAGCAGUCUCCUCUGAACAGUUGAUGUUAAGAUGUGUCUGUUACUUGAACCCUUUGAAGCAUUUACUUGGGCUGCAAGUUCUGAGGCUGGUAACUCUAAUAAACAUAUCCUCUGCAGCAGAGGUAACCCUGGGUCUUCCUUUCCUGUGGCGGCCUUCAUGAGAGCCAGUUCAUCAUAUCGCUUGAUGGUUUUUACGACUGCACUUGAAGAAACUUUCAAAGUUCUUGAAAUGUUCCUGAAUUGACUGACCUUUAUGUCUUAAAGUAAUGGACUGUCGUUUCUCUUUGCUUAUUUGAGCUGUACUUGCCAUAAUAUGGACUAUCUUCUGUAUAUCACCCCUACCUUGUCACAACACAACUGAUUGGCUCAAAGAAAUUCCCCAAAUUAACUUUUAACAAGUCAAACCUGUUAAUUGAAAUGCAUUCCAGGUGACUACCUCAUGAAGCUGGUUGAGAGAAUGGAGGUUUGUUGGGUCAUUUUUCUCUUGAGUGUGUGCAAAGCUGUCAUCAAGAAAAGGUUGGCUACUUUGAAAAAUCUAAUUUGUUUAACACUUUUUUAACUACAGACUGUGUUAUUUUGUAGUUUUGAUGUCUUCAGUAUUAUUCUACAAUGUAAACAAUAAUAAAAAUAAAGAAAAACCCUUGAUUGAGUAGGUGUGUCCAAACUUUUGACUGGUGCUGUAUAUACUACAGAUAUUAUUUUUUAAAAACAGGAUGUUUUAUUUUGUGGCAUACAUAACAAAUGUGUAAUUAUGAACAACAUGUAAUUAUAUAUGUAUGAAAUAAAAAAUGUAAUACAUUAUUAUUAACCAGAUAUUACUAUGUUAUAAACAAAGAUAAUAUAUUGUACCUAUUAUUAAAAUAGCAUAUGUCUGUAUGUAUUAAUGCAUUUAAAGUGUGUGUGUUUCAAAAGAACUGACAUCUUCGGCUGUCAUUAUGUGCGGUACGGCAUUGUUUUCUGAUCAGGAAACAUUUACUUUGUCAUGUUUUACUGUUGCAAAACUUUCUGGGGCGAAACAUUUAGGUAACACUUUAUUUGGACAGUCCCAAGUAGAUGGGUUGUAGACGGUCAGUUGAUGUUCAAAAACUAACAAAAACAUUUCAACUAACUAUCCACUAACCUUAACCCUUAUCCUAACACUAAACUUAAACCUUAUAGCCUAGCCCUAACCUUAACCCUAACCCUUAUUCUAAACCUAAUCAUAAACGUAACCUUCGCAGACAUUUGCUUAUCAACAGCUACUUAGUUGAUACUAUCACCAUCUGUAGUUCAUCUAUAUGGGACUAUACAAAUAAAGUGUGGCCAACAAUUAUAAAGAAAAACUGGGAUAAUGGGACAAAACUACCAAUUAUAUAGACAUUGUGUAAGAAUUAUUUGGUCUUUGUGUGCUACUUCAGAGUUGGAAAAAAAAUAGUUGUAAUGCUUUUGAUGUGAUGAUUUUUGAUUAAAUUAAUCAGUUAGGUAAUUAAGGAUACAUAAUUAUUACCUGUUUGUUGCUUGUUUGUGAAAGAUCUGAUGUAGAUGUGGCGGACUUUGUCGGGAGAUGGUCAAUAAAGGAAAAGCUGUGGUUGAACUUGA